AUGUUCAAGAAGAAGCCACAGAUCAAAAACCUCUCCCCUCUCCGAUCUUCCGACCGUCGAAAACUAGCAGACCAGAUCAUCUCAGACUACAAGGUCCACAUACCCACCCUUCAAGAGAUCGAUCCAACAGCCUCGACUGAAGAAGUCCAGGCCGUUGCCUCUUCGAACAACCCGACUCCUGCUCUCACCUCUACUCGAACGUCGUUGGUCCCGGAAACAUGCCUGUCUGCUCGAUUUUCGACACAUGCCGGAGCGACCGCCACUCUGGUGUCUGGCACAGUCUACGUAGGCGCGCGUCCCGGACAAGAAGAACGAAUAUUGUGGAUACAGUAUGGGAAAGAUGCGAAACUAUAUCCUACCGUGUACACCCUGUGGCAUAAUCCAGGCUUGGUGCCGUUACUCCAUACUCCGGACUUUGUGAUCGAGAAACUUCGAACCGGCGCAGAUCUUAUGACCCCAGGUCUUGUCGGUGGGCCGCCGUGGCCAGAGGCUGCCAAACAAGGUGCCGUCGUUGCUGUCGCUGGACUGGAAAGACCUACUGUGCCGGUGUGGGUAGGGACGUGCAAGAUUGACAUCUCCAGUUUGGGUAGGGUACAGGGCACGAAGGGUGCAGCGGUCGAAGGAGUGCAUUGGGACGGCGACGAGAUCUGGAACUGGAGUUCCACAGGUAGUGGCGGUCGGCCUGCGCCCGAAAGGAUUGAAGACUGGGAAUUGGAGUUCAAGGGUGCCGCAGAAAGACUGGCGGAUCUCGACCUGGACGAAGAUGGGGACGCUCAAGAGGAGGGCGGCGUCGCCCUUGAACCGGCAACAGAAACACAGAACGGCAAGGCUGUAGUCGUUAAUGGGAGUGGAUCGAUCGAGGAUGAGGAGGAAGCCGCCGAGCCCGAGCGAGAGCCAACAACGGCCGAAGUCGACGAUGCCUUCCUCAACGCCUUUCUCUAUGCCGUGCACGAAGCGAAGAAGAACGGCGAGCCCCCACAUUACGGCAUCGACUUCCCCAUCCAGCCUUCGUUCCUGAUAGCAAACAUGGUGCAGCCUCAUUUGCGGAUCCAAAACCAGCACUACACGAUCAAGAAGACGUCGUGGAAGAACACCAAGAAAUUCAUCAAGUACCUGGACAAAUCCGUUCUGGUCAAAUCCAAGGACCGCAACGGAGGCGAGACGGUCAUCCUAGAUAUCGACUUUGAAGAUCGCAGGGUAGCCAACUUCACACCUUACAGAUUGCCCAAGCCAAAGCAGCCGCAACACCCGAGCGGCUCGGCGAACGACGGAGGCCAACCCGCGGCGACGACCGGCGGCGGCGGAGAUCCGUCUGUCGGCCAGAAACUCAGCAUACAGACAGUCUACCGAGCGUCCAGCAAACUCGUGCCUGACCUGAUCCCGUCGAAGACCACCUUCUACACGGCUUCGCAGGUGUCGGCGUUUUUGAAAAGGUACAUCGAAAACAACCCGGAGCUGACGAAGGGCACGUCGUCGCCGCGCUUCGUCAAGCUGGACCCGUUUAUCGCCAACAACAUCCUCGCUUCUUCGAACUCGUCGGCCGCCAGCGACACGCGGACCCUCGCAGCCGGGGAAGUCGGCCGCGACGUCCUUCUCCGACGGAUCCUCGACGACCCGCACCUCUGCCUCCCGCACUGGGUCUUGCUCCGGAACGACCAGAGUUACGACCCCGAGAAUCCCGACCCGGCGCUGAAGCCCAAGGCCGGCCCGCCGCCGCAGGUGGGCGUGGUCGUGGAGAAGAGAUCCGGGACCAAGACGGCGACCAGGAUUUCCGGGCUGGAGACGUUCGGCGUCAACCCGCACGUCCUCGGCCCCGAACUGCAGAGGAAGUGCGCGGGCAGCGCCAGCGUGGGUCAGCACGUCGGCGGCAAGCCCGGCAUGUUGGAGAUCCUGGUGCAGGGCGACCAGAGGGACGUGGUGGAAAAGGAGCUGGGGAGGAGAGGCGUGGACAAGAGGUGGAUUGUCGUGGACGAUAAGACCAAGAAGAAAAAAAAGUGA